CAACUCUCGCCCACCAUGCCGUGACAGGAGGUUAUAUUUUUUUCACCAAAGUCGAGAUACGAGUUACUGGUGGAUAUUAUAUCGUCUGUUAGCUUAAAAUAGCUCCAUCACUUCUGGUUCAGAUCUGAUCACCCAGAAUGGAAAGUUCACUACCUGCUUUGUGCAGUAACUGUUCGAAGAAAUCCUCAAUCGUCGUUCAAAUUUCCAAGCGAGGUAGAGUAGCAAGUUAGAUAUUCAUCUGAGUAAAAUGUGGAAGAGGGAGAGUUUAUAGUGGAUGACCCAGCCUUUUUUUUUCUUAGCAUCCCACACCACUACGCGGAACCGCAAGAAGUCCAAAAACUUAAGUCUUAAACCCAGAAAUUUAAAAGGUUACCUCGUGAAAAAUCUUAGUGCUGGCCAAUAAACCCCUGUUGUCACCUCUACCUGGAAAAAUGAUCGGAGCGAUAGAUCACAGUUCAUACAACUUUCGAUUUUCAAAACUUGUGCUUGUAAACGCAUUCGUGCUGACAAGAUCAGAUAGAAUAAUGCAUAGAGUCGAUUAGAUUCAGAAACUCCUCCGCUCAAGGGUACAUUCGACUCUUCAAAACGCGUUUUUACUAGAGAGAUUCAUGUGAAGAUUGCUGAGAAUAGACUAUCACCUUCGAUGCUGUCCACGCUGACUGAUUCAGGGAUUGCAACGUGGCCUCCCUGGUUCCUAGGAUUGUGACAAGUAUAUUUUGAGCCACUCAGUCUUCUCCAUCACAGUGCAACAAGUGUCGAUCAAACCAUCUGCUUAGACAUCGUUAGGUCACCAGUGCCGGAUCCCAAUUCCUAGUCCUUGCAGGCUGGAUUCAUGCGGAAUGCUCUGAUUCUGGCUACAGCUGAUACGGCUAUGGAACCGUCAGCUGUGUUCGAGAUCGAGGAAUUGGCAUCAUUAAUCCCGGACUUUCGAGGCCCUUUGAUCUUGUAGUUAGUCUAUUUCAACUGUGUAAUUUCAACUGAACUGGUUGAGAGUAAUGAUCUUCAUCUUCGAUUAUUUGUGUGCUUUUCGCAGAUUCGAACAGUACAAGAGUUCAAGCAGAUAAGCAAUUACGUGAUAAAGAUGGCUACUGAGAACUUGACUGUGGAGCUUUGCAGUGCAUCCGGACUCGAGGACACCGAAUACAUUGGAAAGUCGGACCCGUACGUGGUCUUGAGCGUUGGAAAGACUGAGAGGAAGACCAAGGUCGCCGAAGAUCAAGCUGCUGCCCCAAAAUGGAACGAGAAGUUAACCAUCCCAGUGCUUCAAACCGACACUGAGAUUCUGAUCCGGAUCUUGAAUGACAAUACCAUGGCCAAGGAUGACGAAAUUGGCCGCGUUGUAAUCCCGGUCUCAGAGGUUCGCUUUGGGUCCCAUGCAUACCCCGUCCUGCGAAAGGGCAAGCCACACGGUGAACUAAAGCUGAACUUCGAGGGCGAGGUUCAUGAGUCGAAGGGGCUGUUUGAUAAGUUCAAAGGCCUAUUUGUUGGUGAGAAGGCCGAGCACCAUGGCGAUGGCCAUGACAAGGAGCACAAGGAACACCACGACGAGAAGAAGGAGAAGGCUGAGGACAAGGUUGAGGAGCUGAAGGAGAAAGCAGAGGAGAAGAAGGAAGAGGCCGAGGAGAAAAAGGAAGAGAAGGACCACGAGGAUAAGGGGCUGAUUGACAAGGUCAAGGAGAAGAUCGAAGACUUCAAGGAGAAGAAGGAUGACGACGGGGAGAAGUCAGAGGAAAAGAAAGAAGACAAGGAUGACGAAGACGAGGAGAAGAAGGAAAAGAAGAGCAAGAAGGGCAAGAAGUCGAAGAAAUCUGACGAAGAAGGAUCAUCCAGCGAUAGCGGUAGCGACAGUGAGAGUGACAAGGAAGAUUAGAGAGCAACCUAUUAGAAUAUGUUGAUACUGUGAAUACAUGUUAGCUUCCUGGCCAAUUGUGUUCAAAUGUAUGAGCCUUUGUUAACUACUUUUUGAUACCAGCGCCAGACGAAGUUAUCAAUAAAAACUAUCUGAAUUUUUGUGUAA